UCGAGAGAUCGAGGAGAACCGAGGGCCGAGGGCCGAGGAGGGCGCCACGGGUCCGGGCCGCCAUGCCCGCCGGCGGCGCCCGCGCGGCGCUGCAGCUCCGCUAUCCGACGGCCCUGGACCUGCCCGCCCGGGCGCCGGGCGCGGGGCGCGAGGCCGCGCAGCGCGGGGGGCCCUGCAUCGACAGGAGCCUCUUCCGCCCCCUUCGCCGCCCGCGGCCGCCUUCGGCGGAGCCCGCCGACGCCCCCGCCGACGGCCCUGCGGCGCCCCUCUGCAGCGGCGCGGCGUCCGCGGAGGCCCACGGCGACGGCGACGGCGGCGACGACUCUUGGGAGGACUACAGCGGCGACUUCAUGCUGCCCCCGCCGCUGGCGGGCGACCAGGCAGAGGACGACGAGAGCGCCGAGGAAUACGCCGGUGACGCGGGCGCCAGCAGCGGCCGCACCACGACCGGCACGCCCCCCUGCGGCUCCUCGGAGGGCCCGAGCACGCCCCGCGCCAGUGGGCGCCGGCGGUGCGAGGCGCCGGCGGCCGCCAGCGCCGCCGCGUGGGAGGCCUGGGCGCCCGCUCGGCGAGGGAGCUGCGGCCAGCGGGGCGGCGGGCCCCUGCGGCCGCGGGCGGACCGCGUGCGGCGGGGCGCCGAGGCCCGGGGGCUGUGGGCGCAGGACCGCUUCCUGAACGGCACAGGCCGCCGCAAGUUCGACCUGCGCGGCUGCGGGGCCGCGAGCCCGGCGCUCCCUCGCCGCGCGAGGUCCCUCGCUGCGCGCCCGACCUUCGUGCCGCCCCACGAGCGGCGGCGCGACGCUCUGCGCGCGGAGGUGCACCGGCAGCUGCUCCAGCCGCCGUUCCGCUGA